CCGCUAGGCAAAACGACGAGGGCGGUUGUUUUACUGCCAGACGGGGAAGCGCAACGCAACUGUGGAUUGGUGCGAGUCCUUUUUUUCUGUUUCUCAACAAGGUGAAUUGGGAUCGGGAGUCGUUUAAGGAAGGAACAUCGAGUUGAGGAGCACGGAUUUUGAGAAUCGGCAGAGGAAGAAUGGAGGGAGAAGAAGGAGGAGGGCUACGGCUGAGCAAGCGAAUCAACAAUGGAGAAGUUGAUUACAAGACCAAGUCCGGCACCGCCUGGAGCCACUCCUUCCUCAACCAGAAGCCAUGGCAUCCUCUCUCAUAUCCUAACCAGCGCCGCAAGUGGAUCGCCGAGCAGACCACCGCCCAGCAACAACGCCGCAACGAGGAAGUUGCUCGCGAGUAUGCUCAAGAGCAAGAAUUCUUCCGCCAGACAUCUCUCAUCUCCCAGAAAGAGAAGGAAAAGAUCGAGAUGAUGCAAGCUGUUAGUUUCAUGUACAUUCGCCCACCUGGCUAUAAUGCUGAAAGUGCCAAGGCAGCGGAGCUUGCUGAUGGGGAUAAGAAAAAGGUGCAAGAUAGUACCCAAAUGGACCCGACUGUUGGGGAAUUAGAAAAUCUGCCCAGCCAGGGUCUCCCAGUUGAAGAGAAGAAGAAACCAAGGCCUAAAGAUGUUUUUGGCCGCACGUUGCCCACUGAAGAACAGUUUGAAGUCCUAAAAAAUGCUCCAAAGCUAGAUACUGGUGUUGCGUCAAGGUCAAAACCAUUUGGAAUUGAAAUACGAAAUGUGAAGUGUGUAAGAUGUGGAAACUUUGGUCACCAAAGUGGUGAUCGUGAAUGUCCACUGAAAGAUGCUAUAAUGCCAAAUGAGGAGAGCCGUCUAAAACGAGAUGAUCCAUUGACUGCCAUCAUCGCUCAGAUGGAUCCAACUGAGCCGCUAAAGUGGGAGCUGAAGCAAAAACCAGGGAUGAGUCCUCCACGAGGAGGUUUUAAUCCAGAUGAUCCUAAUCAGCAGAUCGUUGCAGAGGACAUAUUUGAUGAAUAUGGAGGCUUUCUCAGCGGUGGAGCUAUCCCCGAUUUGCUAACCAACUUUUCCCCUGGCAAGCUUAAAAAGAAGUCCAAGAGUCAUAAACGCAAGAUCAAGUCAUCAUCAAGCAGAGAAAGAAGAGUGGACGAAGAAAAUGCUUUAUCCUUUUCCUCUUCAGAUAGUGAGGAGCGGAGAUCAAAGAAGGAAAAGAGGAAAAAGAAGAAGAAUAAGAAAAGGGAACAAAAGUCGAAGCACUCUGAUCCAAGUUCGUUGGAUGAUUUGGUGGUUGUUGAUAGGCACUCCGAGAAAAGCAGGCACAUGAAUUAUCCAGCAGAAGAUUCAGAAUACAAGAAGCAUCACAGAAGUGAAAAGUCAGGGAAGAAGCAUAGUCGCUCCUAUGAAGAAGACUCGGACAGAGACGAGAGAAGUAAGAGGGGCAGGAAAUCUCAGCCAUCUUCUUCUAGCUAUAAAGAUCAUGGAAGCAAGAGCAGCAGCAGGCAUAGGCAGUCUCACAGGUUUUCAGGUGAUGAUGAUUCCGAUCCUGACAGGCAUUCCCGAGGGAAACACAGUGGUUCAAGAAGACAUUUGCAGUCGUCUCACAGGCAUUCGGUCGACGAUUUGGAUUCUGACAGGCAUCGCAGAAGCAAACGGAGCUCUCACCGUCGGGACCGGUAUGACUGAUUCAACCUCGUCGUGGAUUUAUGGGUCGAGCUGCAUUUCACGCGAAAUUGAUCCCGUCUUUUGAGCUCUAUUGUAAUGUAACCCAGAAAAGGGGAAACAAAUCAAACGACAGAGGAAACGUUGUGAUGUAUCUGUAUUAUAUCAGGAUCAUAAGUUUAUCGGAAUGUUCAAUGAUUGGUGAUUAAAAUUGGUUAAAAGGAAAAGAUUGAUGAUUGAAAGA